GGACGUCCGACGCUAUGGACCGUGUCAAUAGUCGGCUCGAGUAAGAUUGUCAUAUAAGAAAAUUCAUUAGGCAACUUACUCUCAACCGGAUUGCUGGCGCAAGCCCGGAAAAUCGUUGAAUAAUCAACAGUUUAAGAAUAGCACGAGAAAUACUUGAGUACUUCACAUCGUGUAAGUUUAUAUUUUACUCUUGAAGUGUAUUAAUUUUGAGAAGUCAUUUUUCCGACUACAUCAUCGUGAAUCAAGUGUUUGGAUUACGUGUGGAGUGUAAAUCAAUUCUAUUUGUACAUAAGACUACGUUAGACUUGAAAAAAUGUUGAGAAAGGUUGUGAUCUUUUUAGCUAUUCUUACAGUAGUUUCAGCUAUUGAACAAUUCCGUGAAAUAUUUCGAUGGAAUACAAUUGAUAUUAUUUGGCCUUCAGAUGAAAUACGAACCAAAAUUUUAGACCGAAAUGAAUAUUUACCUGAAAAUAAUCCAAUAGCUGGAAUUAAAUUUUGGAAAAAAAGAAUGUUUCUUACUAUACCAAGGUGGAAGCAUGGAGUACCUGUGACUCUAGGAGUGACUGCUGCAGAGCCAAUCAACAGAAAUUGGUCACCAAAAAUUGAAGCUUAUCCCAAUUGGGACAUGCAAACCGUGGGCGAUUGUAGAGCUUUUCAAUUUGUUCAAAGCAUGGAAAUUGACCCUAAAGGUCGGAUGUGGGUUCUAGAUACUGGUCGAACAGCCACCAUGACGACAGAAGCAAAAUCCAGAUGUCCACCACGUCUAGUUAUUCUUGACGUUGAAAAUAACGGUGACGUUUUACGUAGUUUUCCAUUUCCUGAAGAUGUAACUCCUCAUAAUUCUUCGUAUCUUAAUGACAUCGUGUUAGAUCAUACUGAUGGUGGCUAUGCAUACAUUACUGACACAAGCGAUCGUGAUCCUGGCAUCAUUGUCUAUUCAUUACGAGAAAAUAAAUCAUGGAAAAUACGUCACGAUUCAAUGAAAGCUCAGUCAGAAGCUGUCGGGUUCACAGUAGCACGUACCUGGGUCAGAACACCAACAGCUGUCGAUGGAAUUGCUUUGUCUCCAGUUGACGCUCCAGAACGUUAUGUUUACUACUCUCCAUUAUCAUCAUUCCAUUUGUAUGCUGUACUUACUUCCGCCCUGAAAAAUAAUACUGAUAAAAUUGAUCGAUACAUUAGUGAUAUAGGAAGAAAGAGUUCACAAACCGAUGGUAUGAUGAUGUCUGCUACUGGUGUUCUCUACUUUGGACUUCUCGCCGAUGAUGCUGUCGGCAUGUGGGAUAUGAAAGUAAUGCCUUCAUUUGUUACUGGACAACGGAUUAUUUCUCGUGAUCACGUUCAAAUGCAAUGGCCCGAUACGUUUGCUUUCGAUGAAGAUGGAAAUCUCUGGUGCGUUACUAAUUCAUUACAAAAUUUUAUCAAUAACAGAGUUAAUACACAAACGGCAAACUACCGAGUCAUCAGGAUCUCCACUGGCACGAAGAGUUAUCAAUACCAUGAAAAUGGUAAUGCACCUGAUGUUCCAAUAAUUACAGCUGGUGCUGGUGAUCGAACAGCUUUGGCCAUGGCCACAGUUCUUAUAGCUGUCCUUACUUUUGCACUUAAGUAGAAAUAUUUAUCUACAAUCAUAAUCAUCAUUACUAUUUUAAGAAUGGAGAUCUCCAUGACCAACUUCAUGGAUACUUCGGUCUAGCUUUAAUGCAUUCUUAACUGUGCAACCGUCCAGUCAAUAUGGCUUAAGGAAUUUAAUUAUUUUUUUUAAAUUCAGCAACACUUCAUACAUAUUUGAAUGUAGAAUACAAUUUGAUAUAUCUUGAUCUUUUAGUACAUGGUGAAAAUAUAAAUAGAUCUACGCACACUGCACAUAAUUGAUAAAGUGCCAGCACAAAUUUGAUUUAUCUACCAAAAAAAUUGUUUAUUAAAUAUAUAUUUAUUAAUUUCAAAUUA